AGCGGCUUUUAAACUGCGUUUCCACCACCUCUCGCUCGGCGCCGCGGCUAAUGGAACCCGCGCGAGCCAGGCCGCCAAUCGCCGCCGCGCUUCCUCCCGCCGCCCGCCAAUGGCGGCGCGCGUUCUUGGGGCGUGGGCGAAGCAGGCUGUUCGUCGCCUGCCUGUAGUGUGUGGGCUGGGGUUGGUGUGGGCUUCCAGCUUGGCCGCACUUGGUCCGUAGUUGCGCUCCGGGGGCUUUUGUGUCCGUCGCCGAAUUUGCUUUGUGUCCGGGAGUUUCUGCGUAGCUCCGCGGCGUUCGUCCCGGGCGGGAGCAGAGCGGCUCGGAGGCUGCCGUGCGGCCCCCCGGCCAGGAGCUAGCGCGCCGGCGUGAGCGGCGGCUGCGAAAGCGGCGGGGAAGGGGAUUCGCGGAUCCCCGAGAUGCCGGAGUUCCUGGAAGACCCCUCGGUGCUGACGAAAGACAAGUUGAAGAGUGAGUUGGUCGCCAACAAUGUGACCCUCCCGGCCGGGGAGCAGCGCAAAGACGUGUACGUACAGCUCUACCUGCAGCACCUCACGGCGCGCAACCGGCCGCCGCUCGCUGCGGGCGCCAACAGCAAGGGGCCGCCGGACUUCUCCAGCGACGAGGAGCGCGAGCCCACCCCGGUCCUCGGCUCCGGGGCCGCCGCCGCGGGCCGCAGUCGAGCCACCGUCGGCAGGAAAGCCACAAAGAAAACUGAUAAACCCAGACUAGAAGAUAAAGAUGAUCUAGAUGUAACAGAGCUCACUAAUGAGGAUCUUCUGGAUCAGCUUGUGAAAUACGGAGUGAAUCCUGGUCCUAUUGUGGGAACAACCAGGAAGCUAUAUGAGAAAAAGCUGUUGAAACUUAGGGAACAAGGAACAGAAUCAAGAUCUUCUACUCCUCUGCCAACAAUUUCUUCGUCAGCAGAAAAUACAAGGCAGAAUGGAAGUAAUGAUUCUGACAGAUACAGUGACAACGAAGAAGGAAAGAAGAAAGAACACAAGAAAGUGAAGUCCACUAGGGAUUUUGUUCCUUUUUCUGAACUUCCAACUACUCCCUCUGGUGGAUUUUUUCAGGGUAUUUCUUUUCCUGAAAUCUCCACCCGUCCUCCUUUGGGCAGUACUGAACUACAGGCAGCUAAGAAAAUACAUACUUCUAAGGGAGACCCACCUAGGGAGCCUCUUACUGCCACAAACUUCCCUGGCAGGAGACAGUUGCAGAAAUUAGCCUCUGGAGAGAAUUUGUUUAUUUCCUCCAAAUCUAGCCAUGAUAGGUGUUUAGAGAAAAGUUCUUCGUCAUCUUCUCAGCAUGAACUCACUGCCAUGUUGGUCUCUACUGCAGCUUCUCCUUCACUGAUUAAAGAAACCACCACUACUUGCUAUAAAGACAUAGUAGAAAAUAUUUACAGUGGAGAGAAAAGUGGAAUUCAGCCAUUAUGUCCUGAGAGAUCUCAUAUUGCAGAUCAGUCGAUUCUCUCCAGUGAAAGGAAAGCACUGGAAGAGUCUGAGAGAUCGCAACUAAUUUCUCCACCACUUGCUCAGGCAAUCAGAGAUUAUGUCAAUUCUCUGUUGGUCCAAGGUGGGGUAAGUAGUUUGCCUGGGACUUCUAACUCUGCACCCCCACUGGAUAUAGAAAACAUAUGCAAGAGAAUUGAUCAAUCUAAGUUUCAAGAAACUGAAUCCCUGUCUCCUCCACAAAAAUUCCCUAGAUUCAAUGAGAAGUCAGUAGAGGAAAGGGCUUCAGGUUCCUUUGUGGCGUUUCAGAAUAUACCUGGAUCUGAACUCAUGUCCUUUGCCAGAAGUGUUGUCUCUCACUCACUCACCACCUUAGGUAUAGAGGUGUCUAAGCAAUCACAGCAUGAUAAACUAGAUGCCUCAGGACUAUCUUUUCCCUUCCAUGAAUCUAUUUUAAAAGUAAUUGAAGAGGAGUGGCAGCAAAUUGACAGGGAAGUGCCUUCACUGGCACGCAAGUAUCCAGUUUCUUCCAGAGAGGCAACACAGAUAUUGGCAGUUCCAAAAGUAGAUGAUGAAAUUUUAGGGUUUAUUUCUGAAGCCACUCCACCAGCAGGUAUUCAGGCAGGCUCCACUGAGUCUUAUGAUAAACAAUUGGACUUAGCACUCUGUAGAGCAUAUGAAGCUGCAGCAUCAGCAUUGCAGAUUGCAACCCACACCGCCUUUGUAGCUAAAGCUAUGCAGGCAGACAUCAGUCAGGCUGCACAAAUUCUUAGCUCAGAUCCUAGUCGUAUGCACCAGGCACUUGGAAUUCUGAGCAAAACAUACGACGCAGCCUCAUAUAUUUGUGAAGCUGCAUUUGAUGAAGUGAAGGUGGCUGCCCAUACCAUGGGAAAUUCCACUGUAGGUCGCCGAUAUCUUUGGCUGAAGGAUUGCAAAAUUAAUUCAGCUUCUAAGAAUAAGCUGGCUGCUACAUCCUUUAAAGGUGGAAUGUUAUUUGGAGGAGAAGUAUGUAAAGUAAUUAAAAAGCGUGGAAAUAAACGCAAAUAAAGUAAAGAACAAAGACAUCUAUCUUAUCUUUGAUAUGGGGAACUUAGGAGCUUUUCUAGGAAUUUCAGGUAUUUUUAUGCCAAAAUUUUCUUUUCUAUUAAGGUCUUUGGUUUCCAGAUGAGGCUAAUUUCAAGAUGUUAUGCUUCUACCCAUCAAAUUACUGUAUAAAAGUAAUUGCCUAUGUAGAACUGCCUUUUUCUUUUUAAGAUUUGCACAGAUAGCCUGGUACAAUGUAAAACUUUCUAGAUCACAUAUUUGUCUCAAUAUUUUGGUAUUUUCUAUUUUACUUAUGCUUUUACAACUUUUCAAAACUAAGAAAAUUCUAAUAACUAGAAUACAAGCAGAGUCUUUACUGUGUUUUAAUAGCAUGAUAUACAUUCUCCUUUAUAUCUAAGAUAAAAUUAAACACUUGGUACACAUUCAACACAAUGAUUUUUUUUCUUUUUGAUACUUCCAUCUAAAUAUCUUUUCACUUUCUAGAACUUGUCCAUGUUUUUGCUCUUAUUUUCUUUUUGUUUGUUGCUACGUUUGCAACAUCAUUCAUAAUAUUCUAGACCAGUGCAACUCACCGUGCCAGUACACAAACUGUUAGUGAUCCAGAGACAAGAUAAGCAAACAAGAAUUUAUAUCUAAUGACACUUUUUAGGUCAAUGAUAGGAUUUAUUUUUUAGUAAAAUUUUGGUAAUAGCAGUAGCCAUAUAAUGUAUUGGUUUACAUUCUGAUGCAAGUCGCUCAUUUCUUCAUGAUCUGGUAACAGACAGUUCAUGGGCCAGUGUUUCCAUGAGAAACACUUCUUUAGGUCAUUAUAGAUAUUUUGGUAUGGUGUAUACUCACCAUAACUAUUUUGUCAUAUGAACUAGAUACUAGAAAAAUGAGGCCUUUUUAAAAAUAACACUUUUCUUUCAAGGUACGUUGUAUUUCAUGGAUGUUUAAGCUUAAUCUAGACUCUAAAGCAGAUUUAAAUUAAAAAAACCAUAAGAAAUUAUAUUUCAGUAUCUGUCUGUAUAAAGCAGUUUAUUGUCCUCCUUUAAUUUCUAUGAUUGUAAGAUGAGAGAGUAACUUAUCUAGUAGAGGCAUUGUGGAAAAUAGUAGUCUUAAGUAUAACAAAAUAUGGUCCCUUGGGUACUUUCUAGUCAUUACCAUAUUCUUAGACUGCACAUGUCCAUCUUUGCAACUUUCUGGGAGUAAUUUUUGUUAUUUGUCUUUUGAAAUGUACAUGUAUACAUGUACCUACUAAGUGCUAUGUGAUUUUUUAAAAUGUAUUACUGUAGAACGCUUCUGCAAAUUCAAUAAAGUUGUUAAA